AUGGGAGUGGGAUUAAAGACUGUCAUUUUCCUCGCCUUUGUGCUUGCGCUGGGCUUCCUGCUGGUCAUCCUCUCGUGCGCGCUGUACCACAACUGGCUGCCCCUCCUCGUCGCCUUCACCUUCGUACUCGCACCUCUGCCCAACUCGAUCUGCUCACGCUGUGCCCGAGCCGACGAUAUUUCCCCGGAGUACAACUCGGCCUAUGUUGAUUUUGGCCGCUUCCUCACUGGCAGCCUUGUCGCUGCCGGCUUUGCCUUCCCUCUCGUCCUUGCCCACUCGCAGGUGAUCGAGUCUGGCGCCUGCUGGAUGUCGAUUUCCGGCGGCGUGCUCGUGUACGGCACCAUCCUGGUUUACUCUGGAUGGUUCGGCUCUGGCGGCAACGAUGACGAGUUCUAG